UUUGUGGGGACAUCAUGGAGUAUGUUCGGUUUGGGACGGAGGAAGAUGAUGAUGAAGACGCAGCGACUCAGUUCAUGAUCGAACAGAGUCUGUUAGAGAGCAACAAACAGAAAGACACACAGAGAGAAACCAUGACGACCACCACAGCAGACAGAAACAGGUCAGAAACAGAAAACAUCUCUGGUACUCUCAUCUUCACCGCUAUCAGACAAGGUAACGAGAAGCUCCUGAAGGAUCUCAGUGUCCGACAGAGAGACAAGUUUUCUCAGACGGACAGUCGAGGUUGGACUCCUCUCCACGAAGCUGCAGCUCAGAGCAACCAGAGCGUCCUGGAGCUCACCUUCAAAGUUUCAGGCUCAGACUGUUUGGAGAGUCGGACUCUGCGGGGUCAGACUCCUCUCUUCCUGGCAGUAGAAGAAGGUCUGAUAGAAAACGCCUCCUUCCUCCUCCAGCAGGGAGCCCAGCCAGACAGCCAGGACCAGGACCUGGACUCUCCGCUGGUCCUAGCGAUCCGUGCAGACCGCUCCGACCUGGUGAAGCUGCUGCUCCAGCGGGGCUCCAAGGUGAACCAGGAGGUCCUCCACAGGCGCCGUCCGCUCCACGAGGCCUCUCGGCUGGGUAACGCUGCGCUGGUCGACCUGCUGCUGGAGGCCGGAGCGCUGCCGGACCCUCCCAGCCACUACGGCAUCACCCCGCUGGCUCUGGCUGCUCAGGGGGGACACCUGGAGGUGGUGCAGACGCUGCUGAGGAGCGGGGCAGACGUGCUGAGCCAGGCUCAGGACGAAUCCUCCGUCCUGUACGAGGCGUGUCUGUCUGGAGAUCCAGCCGUCAUCAGACUGUUACUGGAACACGGAGCAGACGCCAACGUGGCCAGAAACACGGGACACAUGCCGAUCCACCGCGCCGCCCACCAGGGACACCUGGAAGCUCUGAAGAUGCUGAUUCCAGUCUCUGAUGUGGAAGAAGUCAACGACAGCGGGACGAGUCCUCUACACGGAGCUGCUGCAGGAGGAAGCACAGACUGCAUCAAGGUCCUGCUGGAUGCAGGUUAUGACCCCAAUUUCAUGCUCCAUUCCUGGGUACGGCGUAACUAUGACGACGAGAGGAGGUCGGCGCUCUUCUUCGCUGUUUUAAACAACGACGUGGCGUCAUCGAGGAUGCUGCUGGAGGCCGGAGCCAUGACCAACCAGGACCCCGUCAAAUGUCUGCAGAUCGCUCUGCAUGUCGGUAACUACGAGCUGAUCGACCUGCUGCUGAGGUUCGGAGCCAACGUCAACUAUUACUGCAAAGUCAACACGACUCACUACCCGUCAGCGCUGCAGUACGCACUCAAAGACGAGGUGGUCUUCAGGAUGCUGUGUAACUAUGGUUACGACGUGGAGCGCUGCUUCGACUGUCCCUACGGCAACGGCUCCCACAUCCCCGAGGACUACGAGGGCUGGACUAACACUGUGAUCAAAGACACCAUGUUCUGUGAGGUGAUCACCGUCUCGUGGCUGAAGCACCUGUCAGGUGAGGUGGUGCGCAUGCUGUUCGACUACCUGGACCACGUGACGCUGUGCUCCAAGCUGAAGGCGGCGCUGAUGGAGCAGAAGCAGUGGCCCGACAUCUGCAGGCUGCAAGAAAACGCCCGCUGCCUGCAGCAUCUGUGCCGCCUGCGGAUCCGGCGCUGCCUCGGUCGUCUCCGUGUCCGGUCUCCGGUCUUCAUGAGCUUCCUGCCGCUGCCGGAGCGUCUGAAGGACUACGUCCAGUACCGGGAGUACGACCUGUACGGCCGGCAGAGCGGCAGGCCGCCCCGCUGACAGCAGAAUCAUUACAUAUGAACAUUUAAAAAUACAUCCACACAUUAAAAUCACUUCUUCU